AUGACCACAGUCUCAGAACGCCCAGUUGCGUGUCCGCCUGCGCCUAAGCCUGUGCCGACCAAAGGAGCGACACCAACAUGGAAUAAAAAUGAUCUUGGUCUUCGACUUGGUGUCGAUGUGGCCAGUGCCGCGGCGGCCGGCGCGCUGACAUGUCCGCUGAUCACCAUUAUUGAUCGCGCUAUCAUCGAGAAAGCCUCUAAGGGCUUCCCUAUUCGCCAAACCAUCACAAGUUGCCUCAAGUCCAUGAUCGCCAAACCGAGCGGCUUCUUCUUCAGCACGCCUUUCUUGCUCAUAUACACCCUUUACAGCUCAACUUACCUUACUGCAAAUGUCAUUGACACUAUGACUUCCACCCUCCGCAACCAGUCUUACUCCACUGUGACUCCCGGCCCUGCUAAAUUCAUCUCCACAACGGCUGUCAACAUGGCCAUUUGCGUAUACAAGGAUGCCCGCUUUGCAAAGAUUUUCGGCGCCUCACCACCGGCGUCUUCCCCGGCACAGCCUAAUUCCUCAAGACCGCGCACCACCCUCCGUCCACCAAUGCCGCCUGUCUCACAACCCGUCGCUGCGCCCAAAAUCCCGAAAGUCUCCUAUACUCUCUUCUGCCUACGUGACAGUGUGACGAUUUUCGCCUCGUUCAAUGUGCCCGCCCUCAUUGCUCCUUCAAUACCGGACUUUAUCGCAUCCACACCAGGCAUGAAAGCCGCAACGGCGCAAUUUGCCUGUCCGGCUCUGAUGCAAUUUUUCAGUACGCCGAUGCAUCUUCUCGGCCUGGAUUUGUAUAACCGGCAGCCGCCUGGUGGUCUGCGGUGGACGGACCGUGUGGCCCGCAUUCGCCGGGAUUAUGUGCCCAGCUGCUUUGCGCGAAUGGGCAAGAUCGUGCCUGCCUAUGGUGUUGGUGGCGUUGCCAACGUUCGGCUGAGAUCCUCCUUGAUGCAGCAGCUCGAGAAGAAGACUGAGUAA